UGCGACGUUCUGUCAUGGGAUCCUCCAAAUGACGGUGGAAGUUGCAUCUCAGAGUACAGAGUUCGAAUCUUCAAUGGUGUAACAUACGGCAGUUCCAGUGAGAGGAGAGUGUUAAUCGCGAGAGGAAGGAAUGUGACAAUGAGUUGGGUCCCUUCACAUGGCACCGUCUCUAUCCAUGUCAGAGCAAAGAAUGGUGCUGGUUUGGCAAAGUCCUGGGGGCCCACCUACCACCUUCCAUCAGAUGCUCUUUCGUGCGAGAAUGUCUAAACUGUGGUCUGGAAGGUUUCUGCUCACAAACUAUUACUACAUUAAAGUAUUAUUUGCUUUUUGGAGUGUGCGCUGAUGUGUAUCAGUGUGUGUAUAAUUAUAAUUAUAUGUGUGUCAAUAAUGAAGUCA